AUGGCUUCAAAUGCGACAGAUCCACCCAUUAAAGAUGAUGAUGAAUAUCAAGCUCGAUAUGAAGAUGAAGAAGAUGAUGAAAGAACUAUUGAAGAAGAAGAACAACUCGGAAGUGAUGAGGAACAAAAUGAAUUAGAUGAUUUAGAAGCUGAUGCAAAUAUGCCUUUGGAUGAAUUAUUGAAAUUAUAUGGUCAAAAUGCACCACCUGUUCAUAAUAUUUCACAAAAUAAUGAUAAAUCAAAUACUUCUUCUGGUGACGAUGAAGAUGAAAUUGAUCAUCGACCUAAUUUUCAUCGUUUACUUCAUGUUAAUGGACAAUUAUUACCAGAUGAUGAUGAUGGUGAUGAUACAGAUGAUUCUUUUGAGCCUGAAAUUGUUAAAUCGAUCAAUGUUGGUGAUGCAUAUCAAGCACAAGUUGAACUACAAGUUGAAUAUGAUUUAACAAAUGGACAUUGUGACGAUAGAGAGGUACCAGUUGAUGAACUUCUUUGGUCACCAACUUCUUUGAAUGAUAACGACAAUGAAGAUAUUGAUGAAUAUCUUAAAACAAUACGUAGUGAAUAUCCCGAUUCAGAUGAUGAAAUAUCACUUCAAAAUCUACUCACUUGUCAAUUGAAUACAGAAUCAGCACUUGUUAAAUUUCGUCAAUUACCUGUGAAAACUAUUUAUUCUUAUCCUGAAUGGUCAUCCGAUGAAAUUAAAGAAUUUGAAGAAGGGUUACGAGAAUAUGGAAAGAAUUUUUUUAAAAUAACUGUGUUUAAAUGUCCAAAUCGAAAUGUUCGCGAAGUUAUUCACUACUAUUAUGAAUGGAAAAAAAGUGAACGAUAUCAAUCAUUUAUGGAAGAACAACAACGUCUUAAUGCAAUUACUUCUGUCACUGAUAUGAUUGAAAAAUUAAUUGAAGACCAAGAACAACAACUAUGUACAGCAGUUGGUGUUAUUAAUUCGACAAAUUCUUCUUCAUUACUUUCGAAUGAUUAUAAACGAAAUUCUGCAAAUUCUUCAAUCUCAUUUGUAACUAUCUGUCAACAAGAAACUACUACCACAACAACAACAACAACUACAACAACAAAACGUUCUUUUGAUCAAGUUGACAAUGAUACUGAACCAUCAUCAAAAAAAUCUUCGCUUAAUACUAAUAAUUCUUCAACAGCAACUAUCGUAUAA